GUCACAAACAAUGGUAUCUGGCGUUAUCAUGUCACAACGAAAUUUUCAAUUCAUUUUGUCUUCCUCAGUCCCGAACCUCCCUCAAAACAUACACCCAGUCGGCUUGUCCUGCAACUCGCAACGACAGAAUCAUUUCUCUCUCUCUCUCUCCGAGAGUCCGGAAGCGUUGUUAUGUCUAAAGCAUAAAAUUGGGGAUUUUUCUUACCAGUCAAGCUUGAAAUGCCUCAUUGAGACGAUUGAUAUGGCAAUACACGGCUAAUUAUUUGGUCAAAUUAUAACAGGGUUUUAAUCUGAAUAUGGAUUAUCACUUUUUGCCUAAAGAUAAGGGAAACAAUCAUUGGGCAUCUGCCGGAGCUCAGGUUGAGAAUUUGGCAUCUUUUGAUGGUGGAACAACGAUCCAGAUCCCAGAGGAUAUGUUUAAUAACAUUUCUGAGCUUAUGAACUUUGAUACUUAUUCUGGAUGGUGCAGCCCAGCAGCAACGGACCAGAUUGCAGCCUCUUUAGGGGUGCCAUCAUGUACAUCAGUGACCUAUGCACCUUUUUACGCCUUGAAUUUUGUAGAACCGAAUGGUGAGCAAAGUGGUGCUGGAACUUUCAACGUUGGGGAAAAUUUCAGUUGUGGAGACAAAAUUGUGUUUGAUCAAAUGGGGACCCCCCAAUAUGGGGUGUCAACUGAUUCCGAUGAGGCUAAUGACUCAGCUAUUAAGUUAAAUAAUAGUUCUUUUCAACACAAUAAUCCCAUGGACAUGGAAAGGUAUAUGAUCUAUAGGCCACCUGGGUUGUCACUUAAUGAGAAGAUGCUUAAGGCACUGUCGAUGUUUAAAGAGACUUCCAGUGGGGGUAUUUUAGCGCAAUUAUGGGUUCCCAUGAAGCAUGGUGAUCAGUACUUAUUAAGCACUUGUGAGCAACCCUAUUUGCUUGACCAUAUUCUUGCAGGGUAUCGUGAAGUCUCAAGGAUGUUUACGUUCUCUACAAAAGGAAAACAGAGUUCUAUUUUGGGUCUUCCUGGCCGUGUAUUUGUCUCCAAAAUUCCAGAGUGGACUUCAAACGUUAUUUUUUACAAUAAGACUGAGUACCUACGGGUGGAUUAUGCAGCUAAUCAUCAAGUUCGUGGAUCAAUUGCUUUACCGAUUUUUGAUUUUGACAUGGAAAUGUCCUGCUGCGCUGUAUUGGAACUCGUCAGUACAAAAGCGAAGGCCAAUUUUGAUACAGAGAUGGAAAUAGUUUGCAGGUGCGCUCCAGGUCAGUUUCUUCUCGCCGUUAAUUUGAGGACCAAUGCGCCACUCCGACUUCUUCCCCAGUGCCUCUCAGAGAACCAAAGAGCUGCUUUAACUGAAAUAAGUGAUGUCUUACGGGUUGUAUGUCAUGCGCAUUUAUUGCCAUUGGCUAUGACCUGGAUUCCUUGUUGCUACUCUGAGGGUAAUGGUGAUGAAAUUAAAAGAGUACGUGCCAAAGGGGGUAUUACAAAUUCAAAUGAGAAAUGUAUAAUAUGCAUCGAGGAAACAGCUUGUUAUGUAAAUGAUAGCAGAAUGCAAGGCUUUGUGCAUGCAUGUGCAGAACAUCAUCUUGAGGAAGGGGAGGGAAUUGCUGGGAAAGCACUUCAAUCAAAUCAUCCGUUCUUCAUUAAUGAUGUUAAGGUGUAUGAUAUAUGUGAAUAUCCACUUGUUCAUCAUGCACGCAAGUAUGGUUUGAAUGCUGCCGUUGCAAUCAAGCUAAGGAGCACCUACACCGGUGAUGAUGACUAUAUAUUGGAGUUUUUUCUCCCUGUCAAUGUCAAGGGGAGUACAGAACAACAACUUCUGUUAAACAACCUCUCAGGUACCAUGCAGAAAAUUUGUAAAAGUUUAAGGACAGCUUCAGAUGCAGAAUUAGUUGGGUUAGAAGGCACCAACACUAGGUUCCCACAGAGGCAUUCUCGGACAACACUGUCAGAUAGUGAAAUGAAAUCAGCGAAGAAUGUCACCUCUAAUGUUUUUAAUCGAAAAAAUGGGGGAAUCAAAAGAGAUAAUCCUCCUGGAAAGGCACCGAGUGGAUCAAGAAGGCAGGUGGAGAAAAAGCGAACUACAACAGGGAAAAAUGUGAGCUUGAGUGUUUUACAGCAAUACUUCUCUGGUAGUCUCAAGGAUGCUGCAAAAAGUAUAGGAGUUUGCCCCACUACGCUAAAAAGGAUAUGCAGACAACAUGGUAUCAUGAAAUGGCCAUCUCGUAAAAUAAGUAAGGUGAACCGUUCAUUGGAGAAAAUACAGACUGUGCUUGAUUCUGUUCAGGGGGUGGAUGGAGGAUUGAAGUAUGACCCAACUACUGGGAGGUUUGUGGCAACGGGAUCCAUCAUUCAAGAAGUUGAUGCGCCCCAAAAUAUUUUAUUUCCCAAGAAGAAUCUGCAUGUUGAGAACUCUGAACCAGUUACCCAAGAUCUUGUUUCAGUAUCUUCGUUGUCUAUCAAUAAUGGUGAGAUUUUGACUGUUAAGUUGGAAAAGGAUGGAAGUUGUGUUCCAACUUCUCAUGAGAAUGAGGUAAAAAAUCAGAGCAUCCCUCUCAUGCCUCAAGGGGAUUCCAAGCCCAUUGCAAUAGAUUUUGGGUCAUGUGAUCCUAUUAACCGUGGGACAACACCUGAUACAAAGGGCUCUUAUCUUGCAAAAGAAGUUAAUAACUGGGGUUACACUCAGAACUCUGACUGCCACUUUGUGUCUCAGAGCUCAGGCUUCUUGGUUGCUACUGAUGAGAUGGAUAUGGGAGUACAUGGAAAUGGUGGAAUUGUUGAAUAUAACCAGCAUAGUUCUUCGAGCUUGACAGAUUCAUCAAAUGGCUUUGGUUCAAUAAUGCAGGGCUACUCAUCAAGCUCUCAGAGCUUUGAGGAGCAUAAGCACCCACAAGUCGAGACAACCACCGGUGAGAAUGGGUCAAAAAUAAUUGUGAAAGCUACUUAUAUAGAGGAUAUAAUCAGGUUCAAGUUUGAGCCUUCUCUUGGGUGCCUUCGACUGUAUGAAGAGGUUGCAAAGAGGUUGAAGUUGCAAAAUGGGACAUUCCAACUUAGGUAUUUGGAUGACGAAGAGGAAUGGGUGAUGUUAGUCUGUGAUGCAGAUUUGCAGGAGUGUCUUGAGAUAUUGGAUGACAUCGGGACACGUUGUGUGAAGUUCCUGGUCCGUGAUAUAACUUUUGGCAUGGGCAGUUCUGGCAGUAGCAACUUUCUAGGGUAAAUUUUGUGUCUGCUUUUGUAGUAUUACUUGAUAGGAAUUUUCCGUUAGCUUUAUGGGUUCUACUUCCUAUGUGUACUUCUAUGGAGGUGAGGGGACGUCGAUGAGAUGGCCACUAUAUCUUGGAUGUCAUUGCUCCUUCCUAAUAUUAGCAGGUUGGAUAUUGUACGAGUUUGGAAGUAAGCAAUGAGAAGAUAUGACCUAUAUGAUCCAUAUUACAGUAAGUUCUAUAUGUUAGAGUGGAUGUAGUCAUAGUCAUAGAAAGGCUAGAGGGGUAUUAAUCUGCAAUGCUUAAUCCCCAUUUUGUACAGAUUAUAUACGCGUAUAUAUAUAUGUGUGUGUGUGUGUGUGUGUGUGAAUUGACUGAGAUAAAAUUUCCACAA